CCGUUUCGUUUAAAUAACCCAGGCGUCAUCCUCAUUUCUCUUGUUUUCGAGCCCGAGCCAGCCAUUAGGAAACCCUAGAAAUCUAUCGCAACUUCCAGUCGAGGAGUCUUCGCAAAUCGAGAAGAGAGGCGGCAAUGACCACCGAAGAGGACCCGAUCGUGCAAGCAAGCAAAACCCGCCGCGAGAGGUUGAGUGCUCUACGCGCGGCUAAGGAGUACCACAGCAUGCCGGACGAUGCAGCGACCGAGGACGAAGCCAAAGCAAAUAGCCCGGCAGAUGAUCACGUUGUGGUGAAAGAAAUGGAUGCAGAGGAAGAUCCAAUUGAACAAGCUGCUUCUGCACGGCGUGAAAGGAUAAAAGCUCUUAAGAUGGCCAAAGAGCUUUUGGAUACGCCAGAUGAAGAAGCUGCAAAACAUGAUAAUAAGACAGAAGACUCUGAGGAUGAGAUGCCAAGUAUGAAGUUCAGAAACUACCUUCCACAUGACAAGCAACUACAGGAGGGCAAGGUGGCUCCAGCAACCCUACCAAAAUUCGAAGAUCCAGUUGCCGCUGCACCUCUUCCACCGGAGAAAAUUGAGGACCCUUUUCUAAAUAUUGCCCCAAAGAAACCUAAUUGGGAUCUGCGGAGGGAUGUGCAGAAGAAACUUGACAAGCUCGAAAGGCGAACACAAAAAGCACUAUACAAGCUCAUGCAAGAGCAAGAAAAGGAGACAGAGGCAAUGGACGUAGAGAAUGGCGUAGCUGAAGAUUGAUAUGGACACGGGUCGUGAGUUCUCUCAGCGAGAAGGUUGCACACGUUGAUCUACCCAUACUGAUAAAGAUCAAUAGAUCAUUUCUUAGGGUCUUGUGGUUCAAGGUGGAGAGAUAUGAUGGAUCAAGAACUUGUUGGAGUGCUAAGAUAGGGUAUGACCCAAUAGAACCUACUCUGAACCUUUUUUAUAUCUCAUGUGGGGAAACUAAAUGUGAUUUCAUCUUAAGAUUGCACAUA